AUGGAUAAGCAAUGGAUAGAAACUGCUUCAGGCAACCGGAUCUCCAAAAAUAGCAGAGUUCAAGGGGCCUCGAACAUCCUCUUGGCGGGGUUCACCACUAUUUGUCCCCAGGCCACCAUCAAUGGCGACGUGAUGCUUCAUAAACAACCACAACAACAACAACCGGCAGCAGCAUUGGUGGUGGGGAAAUACUGUUUCUUCCACAAACAGUCAAUGGUGACUCCUCCAAUAUUAGGAAUUAAGAAAACCAGCUCUGGUAAAAUGAUCAGGGUCCAUGGUCCGUCAAAGAUCGGAUCAUUUGUAAUGGUGGGCCAAGGAACCGUGGUGAAGAGUGCGGUGAUCGGUAGUCGAGUGAUGAUGGAAGAGAAUUGUCGGAUUGGGAAUAUGUGUGUGGUGUCGAAUAUGGUGGUAAUCAAGGCAGGAACUGUGGUUCCUGAUAGAAUGGUGAUCCCUCCGUAUAGUUAUGUCGAAGGAUCAGCAGCACUGGAGAUUAAAGUGAGGGAUUUGCCCCAUGGGUUUAGAAAGCUCAUUGAGGAAAAAGCUAGGGAAUUGUAUUUGGGGAUUGGAUGGAAAGAACAAGAAGAACAAGAAGAACAAGAAGAAGAAGAAGAAGAAAAAAAAAAAGAUGAAGAUGAUGAUGGGAUGUUUACAUUGAAUUAUUGA